UCCAGGUCUGACCUCCUAUUCGUCAGCAUUACGAACCGCGUGUCUUCUUCGCUCGCUCGUCAGGAGCCUCGGCCUAGAUUCAGCCUCAUGUCACACGUCCACACCAACUCUCCGGCUCUGACUCCUCUUCAUUGAGCCCCUCGUGCGGGCCAACGAGGCUUUGCAAGAAUCUACAUGACUGCGCAGCACCCCAGAGAGCUCGUGACGAUAGGUGUCAGACUACAAAGACGAUAGCGUACAGGAGCGGCGCCUCUUUUCUCUUCUCUCGUUUCUAUUAUCCGACGCCGCCAUGGGAGAGAAGAUGGAAGAUGCGACAGUCAAGGCAACGCCGCGCGCGUCCUCCUCGUCCCACGAUGCUGCCGCUCCUGCUCAGCACCAGCAGAGCAAUGCGAGCGCAAGCAGGCCGAGAUCUGGUAGUAGCGAGACGGAUCUCAAAGACUAUACUCUGGGCGACUGUCUAGGCAAGGGCGCCUUUGGCUCAGUGUAUCGCGGCCUCAACUGGAAGACGGGCGAGACUGUAGCCAUCAAGCAUAUCUCCCUCGCCGACGUCCCCCCAUCCGAGCAGUCCGAGAUCAUGUCCGAGAUCGACCUGCUUCAGAACCUCAAGCAUCCCAAUAUCGUGAAAUACCGCGGGUCAGACAAGACGCCCAAUGGGCUCUACAUCAUCCUUGAAUACUGCGAAAACGGCUCACUACAGCACAUUUGCAAGCGCUUUGGCCGCUUCCCUGAGGGGCUGGUGAGCGUAUACAUCUACCAGGUUUUGCUCGGGUUGGCGUACUUGCAUGAUCAGGGAGUAAUACAUCGAGAUAUCAAGGGAGCGAACAUCUUGACUACCAAGGAAGGAGCGGUCAAGCUCGCCGACUUCGGAGUGGCCACAAAAGCGGGCGCAGCGCUUGCGGAUGGGGCGGUCGUGGGAUCGCCUUACUGGAUGGCGCCGGAGGUGAUCGACCAGAGUGGCGCAACGACGGCCAGCGAUAUUUGGUCGGUGGGGUGUGUGGUCGUCGAGCUCCUCGAAGGCCAGCCGCCCUAUCACUUCCUUGCGCCUAUGCCAGCCCUCUUCCGCAUCGUUCAGGAUGACUGCCCGCCCCUCCCUGAUGGCCUCUCAACGGUCGUCAAGGACUUCCUUCUCAAGUGCUUUCAGAAGGACGUCGACUUGCGCGCCUCUGCACAGCAGCUGCUGGAACACCCAUGGAUGAUGGCUGCCAAGUGGCAGUUGGAGCGACUCAACUCGCGCAAAGGAGGAAGUGCAAAGCAGACCGGAGGAGGAGGUGUGACGCACGACGAGGCGGUCAAGACGGUCAAGCGGUGGAAUGAGGCGCUGAAAGAGAUACCGGCCCGUCCUCGCGCGCUACGUCGGACAUCAGCAAGUACGCCAGACCUGCCCAAGUCAAGACAAAGAGCUUCCACCUCCGGCGCGACUCUUGGUUCGCGGACGCCACUGAAGCCGCUUGCGACGCUUCAGGAGAACGAAGCCGUGGUGGACCCGCUCAAAAGUCCUUCGACGCCAGCAGUACCCCGAGUGGUAGACGCCAUGUCCGUGGACUCGACCAAAUGUGCCUCGACCGCCGAGGAGGAUGAGCAAAUGGCUACGCUCAGGGCGAGCAAGAUCAAGGCAGCUGCAACUCCAGCUCCGGCCGUGCCGCAACUCCUCACUCCGACCGGCACGCCAGCUCGUACAUCCAACAAGCGAUGCCCCAGCCCCUCGCCCAUCUCCAAGACUGGCUCUCUUCGCCCAUCUCAGGCUGCCGCAGUCAAGAAGUCGGUCAAGCGCGUUCGACAGAACAACGGCAGCGCAAGCAGCAGCAGCAGCAGCAGCGACGACGAUGAGGACGAAAUGGCGCACGCGGGAGACAAUGCAGUUGUGCGAUUGUCAACAUUCCGAAGCAAUGUGCAAGAUGAACCACCCAGCCCUGCUUUGAAGAGUCGACGAAGGAUGGUGGGCGGGCACAGCAAGGCGGUCACGGACGGCGAUGCUCAACAAGCGUCAGCAGCACCUGCUGCGGUCAUCCUGACGCCAGCCGCAAUCGCCGCCACGCCGACCAGACAGACGCACAGUGCUCUGCCUUACUCGCCAAGCGUUGCUGUGGCGGUAUACAGCGAGCCCACCGCCGGACAGGAUGUUCAAAUUCAGCGUAAAGUCCUGCGCGAGCAGACGGCCCAAGCUUGCGCUGAUGUUGUAGCUCUCACUGAGCGUCUCACCUCGCGCGUAGACAUCGCCGAGAGAGAGUUGCUUCGCGUUGCAAACGAUCUUGAGGUCCUUCUCCUCGACGAGGACGAGACCACAGCCCAGGCGCUCAUUACCGUUUUCUGGCAGGCUCACGGACCGGAGAGACUGCUCAAGCUGGUUGAGCAGAGUGAGCGCUCGACCGAGGUCAGGGGAAAGUGCCUCACCCUGCUUGGCCUCAUUUGCGGUACGGAUGCUGAGGCAAUCACCACGCCAGCUAUAGUCAAGGGACGCGAGAAGCUUUGUCUACUCGGCGCCUUGCCAAUCUUGAUCACCAUCAUCAGCAGCACCACCAAGAAGCAGAUGGGCCUUGUUCUUCGCACAGAGGCGGCGCAUCUCUUUGCCACCCUCGUCAACACCUCGGCAGACACGUUGCGCUGCACCCUUGCCUGUCAGGGGAUGAAGACUUUCGUCCGCCUCGUCGACAGCGACUUUACGAAGCAAGGCCAGCUCGUGCAGCUCGGCGUCAGGGGAAUCGCACAAGUGCUCGCCAGCAGUAAAGCACCUGCAGGUGAGGUUGAUCUAUCCCAGAUGGAUCUGUGCCGCCUGUUGGCGCAAGAGGGACUUCUCGAGCCGCUUAGCGCUGUCCUCGUCUCGGCGCUCGAUGCGGUCGAGAUUCAAGAAGCAGACGAACAAGAGGACAGCCUCGUCGUACUCGAACAAGCUCUACGCAUCUUGCUCGUACUUUCCGCCAUCGACGAUCAAGCAGUCAAACAACGCGUCGCUCAACGCACCAUCCUUCGACGUCUCCUCAUCGUCUGUCUGCGGAUGGCCGGAGCCCAGGGCGACAAUGCUAGCUCGACUGCCCGCAUGCCCCUCUCCAUCCUCCUGCUUCGAAUCAUACGCAAUCUCACGCUCCACGGCUCCGUUACCCUGGAAGCGCUCCAACACUGUAGCGCUAUUCCCACCUUGGUACGCAUCCUCAGUGCGCACCAGUCGGGCAUCUGGGCGAAGGAGGUCGCAAGGCGCAUACUCUUCUCACUCUUCAACCUUUGCAGGCUGAACCGCGCCAGACAGGAGGAAUUGGCGGCCGCUGGUGGUUUGCCUUUGCUCAUUGCAGCCUGUGAGAGCCAGUCAGGUUUGCUUCGGCACUACGCCUUGCCCGUGCUCUGCGACUUGGCGUCCACAAGUCGGGAGACGAGGCGCGUGCUCUGGAAAGGCGAGGCGCUGCCUUGCUUCCUCAAGCUGCUCGCCAGCGAUGUUGACAAGGGCGUAGCGGCUGCGACGCAGACGGAGUGGCAGACAAUGGCGCUGGAGGCUAUCGUCAUCUGGCUCAGUGAGGAGCAGACAGGUGGGGCGAGCAAGGUGGAAGAAAUCCUACUUCGCCCGGCAUCCAUCGAGGCCAUCCUGACGGCUUUCACUCGGUCGUCCGCGGCACUCGACUCCCUCGUUGAGCCUACCGUCAAGCUCCUCCGUGCCUCUCCUCGACUUGCUGCAGUGCUCCGCGAGGCAGGUAAAUGCUCGACAUCGCUGCUCCGCAGUGUAGCAAGUCAGCUGCAAGAACAUCCAAAGGCGAUCGUCAGACUCAAUCUGCUGCGCAUCCUCAAGCUGGUCCUCUUCUCCGCCACCACGCCGGGCGACCAAGCUGUGCGUGGUGCUGCUGAGGCAAGAGCAGCCGUCCAGCUCGUAGCCAAGAAAGACUCCGCCGUCCUGGUACGGAAGAUGGCGCGCGAGCUUCUCAGCUCCAUGCAGCGUUCCGGUUCUUCCUCUUCAGGACAGUUCGAAGAUGCGGAGGAUGAUCGCGACGAGCACGAAGUUCUUGCCGAGCCUGUUAUCUUCUUCUCCCGCCCUCUGACCAGCUCGGGUAUUCAGAGAACGAAGAAGCCAAUGCCACUCUCGCUGCAGCCUUCACCUGUCUCCGUGGCUCCUAUCGGGUCCACUCCCGCUACGCCGCGCACGGGAAGCAGUACCAGCACCCGCAGUGGGAUUGACGAGCUGCUGAUGCCUGCCAGCCCAGCAAUCGGGGUGGGAAAGCUCGGAUCGUCUACGGGCUCUUCGAAUUCGGCCUCGACGUCAAGUGGUGCAGGAAGGACCAGGUCCGGGACGAUUGUGCCCGACACCAGCAACCGCACCACCCGCGGCAAUGCUAGAGUGCGCGCGAAAAGACCAGCAACGGCCGCCACCGCCACUUCGGCGCCUAAGGAUAAGGCCGAGCAAUCCUCUUCACCUUGGGCUCAUCUUGCUACUCCGCUCGGCAGGAGCAGGAGCAGCGCAGCGUCGAGCAGUCGAGACACCAGCAGGACAAGCAGCACCAGCAGCGCCCGUGGCAGCGGCAGCACACCUUCCAUUCGCUAUGUCAACGCCGAGCAGGAGCCGCCGCGCAGCCCAAAAUGGGAAGCGGUGAAGGCCGCAGAGGAGCGACAGCGCGGUCAUCGCAAGCGCUCGCCCAUGGUGGAGCGUGGCGCGCCCUCGACGAUGAGGAGCGAGGAUGAGAGGAUGCGCACCAUCGAGUCGGGCCAGUCAAGGGACUCUAAUGAUCGAUGGUACACGCCCGCCUCGCCGCGCUCAUCCGUCUCACCUGGACCGUCACCCCCUCAACGCAGUGCUAGCAGCGGUGGGGCAGCGGGCGCUCGUCGUGCAGUCAUGCAGCGCUUCUGGAAUCACUAUCGGCCUGGAGGCCAUGGCGGGGGUGCUUCGGUGGAGGCCGGCUCGAUGGAUCGUUGAAGGGUGGGAUGAAGGAUGAGAUACACAUGUGAUACCCGAAGCGUAGAUCCCUGCCCGUUAUUUUGCUGCUUUCUCGCAUAUCGCAUCUCGCAUACCCGGCCGCGCAUUAGCAUCUACAUCAGUCAGAGUAUCAUCGGCAUUGGCAAUGACAAUGGAG